AUGUUUCUUCAUUUUGGAAUAUUGCUUCUUUUGUCCCAAGGAAUCUUUGGCGAAGAGGACGUUUCGGAAGCUAUAGAUGGAGACAGCCGAAUAAUAGGUGGCCAAAAUGCCUCUCCAGGCAUGGCUAAGUGGCGUCCCGACGCGGUGUCUAUAGUAGUUGGCAGUCACCAGAUCAAAUCAGGUGGCCAUCGUUACAAGGUUAAGAAAUUGAUGCCUCACGAGCAGUUUUCAAAGGUCACAGCGAAGAAUGACAUAGGCGUCAUACAAGUCGAAGGCAGCAUCCAAUACAACGACAAUGUUCAACCAAUUGGGUUGUACAACCGUCAGGUAUCCGUUGGAAGGAAAUGUCUUUUGACCGGUUGGGGAUUAGUAAACAAAGAAAAGAACAUUUCUCCGAACAAUCUUCAAAUGUUGUUUUUCCAAACUAUAAGUAUUAAAGAAUGCACUCAACGACUGGCAAGCAUUCGUUCUAAGAAAUUUUUGCCCAUCGAUAAUGGACAAAUCUGUGCUAAGCGCCCGAACCACAAAGGCACAUGCCAAGGUGAUUCCGGUGGGCCCCUCAGCAAAAUUAAGUGA